UUUGUUCAAACAAUGCUCAACCAAGCUAAAUACCCGUAAUUGUCAAAGCCCGUGUCACAACCCGUGAACUUCCCACUAAACAAAGCGAUGUUUGCUAUUUUCAUAUUCAAUUGAGGGAACCGUUCAAAAAAGUAUUUGAAUUUUUCUCUUACAUAAUUUAAUCUUCUCUUUAUCUCACAGCUAGAUGGUGUGAUCGUAUAUCCGUAGGAAAUUUAUAACCUAAGUUUUGUGUGUACAGUAAUAUUUUUGUGGAGAAAAAUACAAAUUGAAUUUAAGUUGCAACUAAAUACGUUGAAAGCAACAGUUCAUGUAUUAUUUAGUUCUAUCAACUAAGUUUGGAUUUUGGAAGAUUCCUGUGCCAUUUUGGAGUAGUACAAACUAAUAUCAGUUAAAAUAUGAGACUCGUCCGUAUGAUUAAUGCAUCCACCGCAGUUUCAAAUCGUCGCUUUUACACCAGCAAGGCAACUUUGGAUCAAAUCAUUAGAGUUGAUCAUGCUGGUGAACUCGGCGCAGAUAGAAUAUAUGCAGGGCAAAUGGCCGUGUUGGGAAGUACGUCAAAAGGGCCAUUGAUUCAGCAUAUGUGGGAGCAGGAGAAACACCAUAGGGCUAAGUUUGAAGAACUUAUAAGGAAGCACCGUGUUCGACCAACUGUCAUGGCGCCUUUUUGGGAUCUAGCGGCAUUUGCUUUAGGCGCUGGUACAGCCUUACUAGGUGAAAAAUCCGCUAUGGCCUGCACGGUUGCAGUUGAGACGGUAAUUGUUGAGCACUACAAUGACCAGCUGAGAACUCUAUUGGAGGAUCCAGAAUGUAACAAAGAAUUAAUGGAAGUUAUUACAAAGUUUCGCAAUGAAGAACAAGAACAUCACGAUACAGGCAUUGACCAAGGAGCCGAGCAAGCACCUUAUUAUAAACUACUUUCGGAGGCUAUUAAAUGUGGGUGCAAAACAGCAAUCGCCAUUUCCAAAGUGAUUUAAUGGUCAAAGGGCUACCAAAUAGACAACAAUAUUAUUGUGAAAUUAUUAAUUUAUAAUAAUAAAUAUAUUUUCUUGA